GUGCCUCGCUCUUGUGACAUUUUGUGAUCAUUAAAAUCAGCAGGCACUGAGGGCAUCAGCCACGAGUAUUUAAGUGUGGAGAAGAUGUGACUGAUAUUCAAACCGGGGAAAGACGAGGAACCACAAUCGCACCUCUGUGUCCAUUCCAGCUGUAGAGCGCUGAGAGAAUCACCCCUGAGCCAUGCGUCCUCUCGUGGUUUCUGCCAUCUUACUUCUGGUGUCUCUGAUGCACAUGGCGGAGGCUAAUGAGGCUACAAUUGCUAGAAUCUGUAAGGAGCGGUAUCCCCAGAAAGAAUGUCCGGGGAGUAAGGAAUGGUUCCAGCUGGAUGACAAGCGAUGCAUGAAGGUCACCACACAACGUAUGACCUUUCCAAAUGCAGAGAGACACUGUAAGUCACAAGGUGGGCACCUGGUGUCCAUUCAUAACGUUGAUCACUACAACAGAGUGCUGUGUUACGUGUUCAGUAUAUCUCGUGAACAAGUGAGAUUUUGGAUCGGGGCCAGGAGAGGGAGCCAUGGAUUUUAUUGGGUUGAUGGAAGUGGACACAUGACGUUCAGCAGAUGGGCGAGACUCCAGCCAGACUGGCGUCCCGGCAGCCACUGGUUUAACAGGGAGCACUGUGUCGAGAUGAAUUACGGGAGUAAGUUAGAAAGAAAUGGGGCAUGCUUUGAGAAACUGGUCCAGAGUCACAUCAUCUUAAGCGUCCCAUCCACAUUGGACACACACCAGUUUGCCUACAGGUCUAACAGGUCUACAGAGGAUGCCAUUGCCACAACUCUCCACACUGCUCUGACCUUCCUAGAGCAGCAGGGGAGCUACGUGAGGAUCCUCUCUGUAGACUUUAGCUCUACAUUCAGUAUCGUCCUGCCCUACAGACUGGUGACCAAACUGGCACAACUGGGACUCCACCUACUUCCUGAGGAUCCUGAGGAAUAA